UUCCGGGACGCGGCGCGCCGACCCUCUCUCUGCUUCCCGCCCGCUGCUCCCGCAGCAAUUGUCUCGGCGGGUGGAUUCAGGAGGAACCGUCGGUCCCAGGGGCCUGGGCGCGUGUAGAGAAGGGAGCAUUGGAUUCUGUGGUUGCCCGGAAGGGCGCUGGAUGAACGAGAGACGUAUAUAGGGACUCGAGGUCCGCCGUGGGAAUGAUCCACGAACUGCUCUUGGCUUUGAGCGGGUACCCAGGGUCCAUUUUCACCUGGAACAAGCGGAGUGGCCUUCAGGUGUCACAGGACUUCCCCUUUCUCCAUCCCAGUGAAACCAGUGUCCUGAAUCGACUCUGCCGGCUGGGCACAGAUUAUAUUCGCUUCACCGAGUUCAUUGAACAGUACACAGGCCAUGUGCAGCAACAGGAUCACCAUCCAUCCCAGCAGGGCCAAGGUGGAUUACAUGGAAUCUAUCUAAGGGCCUUCUGCACAGGUCUGGACUCAAUUUUGCAGCCUUAUCGACAAGCACUGCUUGAUUUGGAACAAGAGUUCCUGGCUGACCCCCAUCUCUCUAUAUCACAUGUCAAUUACUCCUUGGAUCAGUUCCAGCUCCUUUUUCCCUCUGUGAUGGUUGUAGUAGAACAAAUUAAAAGCCAAAAGAUUCACGGUUGUCAGAUCCUGGAAACGGUAUACAAACACAGCUGUGGAGGUUUGCCUCCUGUUCGAAGUGCUCUAGAAAAAAUCCUGGCCGUGUGUCAUGGGGUCAUGUAUAAGCAGCUCUCAGCCUGGAUGCUACAUGGACUCCUCUUGGACCAGCAUGAAGAGUUCUUUAUCAAACAGGGUCCAUCUUCUGGUAAUGUCAGUGCCCAGCCAGAAGAGGAUGAGGAGGAUCUGGGUAUUGGGGGACUGACAGGAAAACAACUGAGAGAACUCCAGGACUUGCGCCUGAUAGAGGAAGAGAACAUGCUGGCACCAUCUCUAAAGCAAUUUUCUCUGCGAGUGGAGAUUUUGCCAUCCUACAUCCCAGUGAGGGUGGCUGAAAAAAUCCUGUUUGUUGGAGAAUCUGUCCAGAUGUUUGAGAAUCAAAAUGUCAACCUGACUAGAAAAGGAUCCAUUUUGAAAAACCAAGAGGACACUUAUGCUGCUGAGCUGCAUCGUCUCAAGCAGCAGCCUCUCUUCAGCCUGGUGGACUUUGAGCAGGUGGUGGAUCGUAUUCGGAGCACUGUGGCUGAGCAUCUCUGGAAACUGAUGGUGGAAGAGUCAGAUUUACUGGGUCAGCUGAAGAUCAUUAAAGACUUUUACCUUCUGGGACGUGGAGAACUGUUUCAGGCCUUCAUUGACACAGCUCAACACAUGUUAAAAACACCACCCACCGCAGUAACGGAACAUGAUGUGAAUGUGGCCUUCCAACAGUCCGCACACAAGGUGUUGCUAGAUGAUGACAACCUUCUCCCUCUGUUGCACUUGACAAUAGAGUACCAUGGAAAGGAGCAUAAAGAUGCUACUCAGGCCAGAGAAGGGCCUCCUCGGGAAACUUCUCCUCGGGAAGCCCCUGCAUCAGGCUGGGCAGCCCUAGGUCUUUCCUACAAAGUACAGUGGCCACUGCACAUUCUCUUCACUCCUGCUGUCCUGGAAAAGUACAAUGUUGUUUUCAAGUACUUACUGAGUGUGCGUCGGGUACAAGCCGAACUGCAGCACUGCUGGGCCCUACAGAUGCAGCGCAAGCACCUCAAGUCCAACCAGACCGACGCAGUCAAGUGGCGCCUAAGAAAUCACAUGGCGUUCUUAGUGGAUAACCUUCAGUACUACCUCCAGGUAGAUGUGCUGGAAUCUCAGUUUUCACAGCUGCUUCAUCAAAUCAAUUCCACCCGAGACUUUGAAAGCAUCCGACUGGCCCACGACCACUUCCUGAGCAAUUUGCUGGCUCAGUCUUUUAUCUUGUUGAAACCUGUGUUUCACUGCCUGAAUGAAAUCCUAGAUCUCUGUCAUAGCUUUUGCUCACUGGUCAGUCAGAACCUGGGCCCACUGGAUGAACGUGGGGCCGCUCAGCUGAGCAUCCUGGUGAAGGGCUUUAGCCGCCAGUCUUCACUCCUAUUCAAGAUUCUCUCCAGUGUUCGGAAUCAUCAGAUCAACUCGGAUUUGGCUCAACUACUGUUACGACUAGAUUAUAACAAAUAUUACACCCAGGCUGGUGGAACUCUGGGCAGUUUUGGGAUGUGAACAUUUCUAACUCACAAACUGAAAUAACAAGUCUAUCCCCACUGCGUUCCCACCUUUGACAGAAGAUCCAAAACCAACAUCUCAUUCACUAGCCCCUCACCAAGUGUCUGCAAACUACUGAGAUGGCUCUACCUUUCGUCCUAGAAGCGAUUACUGGAUGUUCAUGGGUAUAGAUCCUCCCGCUGCUUCCAUGUGGAAGGAAGGGUCUGCCCCACCCUAGGGGAGUUCUUCACUUGCCCACAAAGGAGGACAUGUGGCAUCAACUCAGCUGACCAUGCAGCAUCUGUUCCAUUGAGAACAUCUGUCAAAUAAGUUACUUACUGAGCACUAUGUGCCUAGGUACUGUUCCAGCUGCGAGAGACACAGCAAAAAUUGAAAUUGAGAAUGUCCCAUCCUGCCCUGGCCGGUUUGGCUCAGCGGUUAGAGCGUCGGCCUGCGGUCCUGAGAAUGUCCCAUCCUUAAG